AUGAAGGACAAUGGGCCCUCCCUGAGCAUCCUGCGCAGCGCUGUGCUGCCAGCUCUGGGAGGCUACCUGUUCACCUUUUACAACUCCAAGAAGGCGGAUGAGCGCAAGGCCCAGAUCCAGCGCAUCAACGACCAGGUCCGCCUGCUGUAUGGCCCCCUGUUGGCCUGCGUGCACGCUUCGCGCGCUGCCUACGCGGCCAUGGUGCGCCAGCACUCGCCCGACGGCACGGUGGGGGGGUUCCUGGCGGCCAUGCGCCGGGAUCCAAAGGGUCACGAGGGCUCCGCCUACAGGCACUGGAUGAAGGAUGUGAUGCAGCCGCUGAACGAGCGCGCGGCCGACAUCAUCGUCGACCACGUGAACCUUCUGGAGUCUGCAGAGAUCGACCCCCGCCUCCUGCAGCUGGUGGCCCACGUGUCCGCCUACAAGGUCAUCAUCUCGCGCUGGGACCGGGGCGCGGUGGGGGAGUGGUCCGCCAUAUCCUACCCCAACACCCUGCUGGACUACGUCCGCACCGAGUUCCAGCGUCUCAAGCGGCGCCAGGCCGAGCUGCUGGGCAUCAAGCGCCCGGCCAAGACGGCGGGCAAGCACGCCGCACCCUCGUCCGCCAACGGGGACGAGGCCAUCGUCGCCAGCAAGGCCUCCCAGACGCGGUCAAAGCUCUGA